UUAGUUCAACAGCAGCGAUGGUUGACUCGUGCUGUGAGGCCUGCCGUAAUUCGAUUGUUUCGUCCCGGGAGAAGGCACUCAAAUGCAGCGGACCAUGUGCGAUGGAGUUCCACGCGUUCUGUGCGGACCUGAACCUGUCCUACUGGAAGGCUUGGAGUGCCGGCGUUGGACUGCUGUGGUUCUGCUCGAAGUGUCGGGAGGAUUUGGGGUGGAAGCAGGCGAAGGUGGUUGAAGGGCAUCGGCUUGAAGACGUGCAGGAAGUUGAGGCUUUGGAGUUGCUACCGGUGAAAAUUUGGACCAAGGUGUUCCAGAGUUUGAGCGGAUGUCAGUUGCGUCAAAUUCGGUUGACCUGUCGAAGCUGGAAUCGGGUCGUGGGCGGUUCAAGUUCGUUGAUGAACAAAUUUGUGCUUCGGCUACCAAAGGACAUUAUUAUGGAUCAGAAUUGUGCGGAGGUUGAGCUGCUUUCGUCCUGCAAGAGUCGCUAUUCACACAUCGUUUUGGACCAGAUCAGGAUCAUUCAGGUGAACUCGUGGUGGCCAUUGAUUGCUGCAAAUCUGGAAAGCCUAUCGAUUACCAAGUGUCAAAUUACGAUCACCACGUUGCUGACUAUGCUGGGGUCGACACAUAACCUCAAAAGCCUUACCUUUACGAGUGGUCUUUUCUUCGAUGCGAACGAUUGUCCGAUCGAAGUAAAAUUUGCACUCCCCUCACUUGAAAAAUUAAUCCUGUACGAUGUUGACCAGGCUGUUCUGCUGGACGUUUUCAGGCGUCUUUGCCCAGGACUGAAAAUGUUCAAAAUAAUCAGCGGAAGUUGUGUAGAAACCCAUCCACAGAAAGUAUUCCAGUUAAUCAGAGCAGCCAAAAGUUCUCUGAAGGCCGUUGAGCUUCCCGCGGUACAAAGCUUGUGGCAGUCAAUUACUACAAUUGAUGGACUCAACCUGAAAGGCAUUUCACUAAAGGAAUGCACUGAGCAUCUAGCGAUGACUGGAAACCACGUGGUCAAUUUGAGCCUAAAGUAUCCCAGUGUCGAGGCUUUAGCUUUACCGCAGAAACUGUUUUUGAACGAAAAUACUCUUCAAACAAUCGGCAGGAAUCUUGUGGAUCUCCGUUACUUGAGAAUUUGCCAUAAUACGAGGGAAUAUUCCGGCUUGGCAGCGUUCCUUCAGCAAAUGCCGCAAUUGAUUCGAAUUGACAUUGUCGGAAAUGAUAACUACUAUGGAUCGGCAGUAGACUUCUCCAACGUUAAAAACAACAACUUACGAUACAUGAAUUUAAGCAACCUGAAGAUCUCGAAAAGCUACUCAGCCUCAUUUCCAAAUUUAACGACCAUAAACCUGAACAAAUGCACAGUUCCAAGCUGGUCGCAAAUUUUCGAUUCCAAACUUAAAGCCCUGCAGUGUGUAACCCUUCAAUCAGUCAGAUUUGAAAAAAGGGAAGAAUGUAUCGCUUCUUAUUUCAACCAAAUGCAUUACCUUAGUAUGACGGACUGCUCUGUUUCAGAAUGUUUACUAAUUGCACUGGUUUCUCUCUGUCCGAACCUAACCGAAAUUCGGCUACUCAAAAUUGAUGCAGUAAACGAUGCAGUGGUUUUGGUGCUUUGUCAAAAGCUGAAGAUGCUAAGAAAAAUCACUAUACAGCGCUGUUACAAAACGACCAAACUUACUCAGGAAUAUAUUGAAAUGUAUUGUCGCGCGAUGGAGUCGAUUCGCUUUGAUAAGAAGCAUGUUAAUGGUUAUAGAGAAGAGUACACCGUAGAUGAUUAUGAUUAUAGUGUGACGAUGACGGUCGGUCCAUCCCGGUCACGGUACAUCCAUGGGGACGAUACGGAACGAAACUUGCAUCACGUAAUAACGGUCAUCACAUCACCACCACCGUUUUGGGGGCCGUAA